UGAACUUGAAACUCAAAAAUCACAACCAGCACCACUGCUUUCCCAUCAGUUUAACCCGUAUAAUUUUAUCUGUUUAUAUUAAGGAUAUUGCUCGAAGAGUACAUACCUGGGAAGAUGGUUAAACCUUGUUGGAGAGUAGGUGCCAGCAUGGAGAGAAGUAAGAUCAAUCCCACAAAGAUUGAUGGCUUGACAUGGUAUAAAGAUCUUGGCCUUCACACCUUUGGAGAGUUUUCGAUGGCAAUGAUCCAAGCCAACAGUGUGAUGGAGGAUCAGUGCCAGAUCGAAUCAGGGCCACUGACAUUCAACAAUACGACAGUUCAAGGCACAUUUGUUGGAGUAUACGAUGGCCAUGGAGGUCCAGAGGCUUCCAGAUUCAUUGCAGACAACAUCUUCCCCAAGUUAAAGAUGUUUGCCUCUGAGGGUAUGGAGAUUUCAGAGCAGGUGAUCAGCAAAACAUUUGCAGAGACAGACAAAGAUUUUCUCAAGGCAGUGAAGAAGCAAUGGCCCACGAACCCACAGAUGGCAUCAGUAGGGUCUUGUUGCUUGGCAGGAGUGAUAUGCAACGGAUUGGUGUAUAUUGCAAACACGGGAGAUUCCAGAGCUGUGCUGGGCAGAUCUGAGAGAGGUGGAGUGAGAGCUGUUCAAUUAUCGGUAGAACACAAUGCCAAUCUAGAGUCUGCAAGGCAAGAACUAUGGUCAAUGCAUCCUAAUGACCCCAACAUUCUUGUGAUGAAGCACAACAUGUGGCGCGUGAAAGGCGUCAUCCAGGUAACAAAAUCCAUAGGUGACGCAUACCUCAAAAGAGCAGAGUUCAACAGAGAACCUUUGCUGCCCAAGUUCAGAUUACCAGAACAUUUCACUAAGCCAAUCCUUACUGCGGAUCCAUCAGUCACCGUUACCCGGCUUACUCCAAAAGACGAGUUUAUGAUUCUUGCUUCAGAUGGGCUUUGGGAGCAUCUUAGCAACCAGGAAGCUGUUGAUAUUGUACAUAAUGCCCCGCGCCAAGGAAUAGCAAGGAGACUACUCAAAGCUGCAUUGAAGGAAGCAGCAAAGAAAAGAGAGAUGAGAUACGCAGACCUAAAAGAGAUCCAUCCUGGUGUUAGAAGGCAUUUCCACGACGAUAUAACUGUUAUUGUGAUCUAUCUCAACCCCCAUCCGAUCAAAACCAAUGCUUGGGCAUCUCCACUGUCAAUUAGAGGGGGUUACCCAAUGCAUUCAUCAUCAUGAACAGAUCUUACAGCAACAAUCAUCCUAUGUGAGGGAAAUAAUCUGGAGCCAGGGUCAAAGAAGGAACAAGUAGUAUAGCUAGAACAAUAUUAAAUUAUAUGAGAUCUUUGAUAGUAUUCUCUACAAGAAAUUGAUGAAUUUUCAAUUCUCAUGUACCCCUGUAUGCAAAUUAUACACGAGGGUACCUUACAUAUAAGAUCAGCAAUGUCAAUGAUGGUAAGAAUUGGAAACAAACAGAUUACGUUGCAGCA